AGAUAAAAAAGCAGCAAGUGUGCUAGUGAUUUCCCAGAAAGACCAUUUGCCGUUUGAUGAGGGUGAUAGACAUGUUCCACCUUUUAUUAACAAAGCAAGUCAAGCAAUUGCUCUACAUCUCUGGAUCUCUAAUACUUGUAAUUGCAGUCCCUCUUUAUCUCUCUCUCAACUCCACAACAACAGCACCACCAAAACCAACCCCUAUGGCCACCCUUCCCACCAACGCAUUUGGCGUCAAGGUUGAAAAGAAUCCAACUCAAUCCCAACUCACUGAGCUUGGAGUCACCACAUGGCCAAAAUGGGAAUGUGGUCCAAGCAAAUUCCCAUGGAGUUUCAAAACUACAGAAACUAUGUACUUGCUGAAGGGGAAGGUCAAUGUAGAAGUCGACGGGCAUGAAGGAUAUUUUGAGAUUGAGGCUGGUGAUUUGGUUGUAUUCCCUAAAGGAAUGAAGGUCACCUGGGAUGUUAUUGAAGGUGUGAACAAGCAUUAUAGCCUGGAGAAGUAAGCCUGAUGUGUAUCAAAACAUUAUUUAUUGGUAUCUAUGAUUUUCAAGAACAAAUUGGUGACAAAUAGUGACAUGUAAUAUCGAGACAAAUCGUGAGGGAUCCAUUAUCAAAAGAGAUAUACUAAAAAUUUCGGCAUA